AUGGCUGUCGUCGAUCCCGGCACCCGGAAGAAGGUACUGAAGGUCAUUUUCGUAUCUUUAUUACUGGAUCUGAUAUCCUUCACCUUCAUCCUCCCUCUCUUUCCAAGCCUGCUCGAAUUCUACCGGAACAGUGAAGUCGGCCCGGAAUCGCAGUCGACGUUGCUUGCGCGUAUUCUACGGGGACUCAACACGUACAAGUCUGCGUUCGCGAAGCCGAUCGACUCGAGAUAUGACAUCGUACUGCUGGGAGGGGCCCUAGGCAGUCUAUUCUCCCUGCUCCAAGCCAUUGCUUCUCCCGUCAUUGGACGCCUGUCCGACAAAUAUGGCCGACGGACGGCGCUUCUUGCCAGCAUGUCUGGAAACAUCCUCUCGGUGCUUCUUUGGGUCGUGGCGGUCGACUUUAGGACAUUCCUUGCGUCGCGCGUCGUUGGUGGGCUGUCUGAGGGCAAUGUGCAGCUGGCGACAGCCAUUGCGGCCGAUAUCUCUGAUGAGAACAGUCGAGGAUCAACAAUGGCUCUGAUAGGCGCAUGCUUCUCCAUCGCCUUUACUUUCGGUCCUGCUUUAGGCGCAUACUUGAGCUCCAUUGCGACUGUGGCCGCGAACCCAUUCGCAACCGCCGCAGGCGUGUCCCUGCUCCUCAUCGUGACGGAGACGGCUUAUUUGUACUUCAAGCUCCCCGAGACACUACCAAGUAUGACGGGCAAGGUGACAACAACCACGACCAAGGUUGUGACCAAACCAGCAGCUGUAACGCGCACCAACUCGCACACGCUGCUGAACGCGGUUCACUUCACCUUCCUCCUGUUCUUCUCGGGCAUGGAGUUCUCUCUGCCGUUCAUGACAUACGACCUCUUCGGGUAUUCUGCAGCGAACAAUGGUCGGAUUCUGGGCUUCAUUGGCCUGAUCUCCUCCAUCCUUCAAGGUGGUGUGACCCGGCGCAUGGCUCCUCUUCGGACCGUACAGCUCGGUGUCACGACCUGCUUGAUCGCGUUCGUCAUGCUCGGACGCCUGAACACCGUCGGCUCCUUGUACCUCGCCGCCACUUGUCUUGCGACGACUUCGGCUACGGUGGUCAGUGGGCUGAACACGCUCGGCAGUUUUGAGGCUAGCGCAGGGGAGCGAGGAGGUAAGCUUGGCAUCUUGCGAAGCUGGGGCCAGUUGGGCCGUGGACUAGGACCAAUUCUCUUCACAAGUGUAUACUGGUGGGCUGGCAGAGAAGUCGCGUAUGGUAUGGGCUCCCUAGGCAUCUUGGGUGUGGCGUUAUUGGUGUUCGCCGGGUUAAAAGCACCGCCUGGGUCUUUGAAGAAGAAGGCGGUUUCGGAGAAAAAAUAG